GGGGGGAUGCGUGCGCGUGUGGCGAUGGGGGGCUUCCCGCACGUGCCGCCGGCGCCGACCGACACCCGAACGGCGGCGGCAGCUCAGUAGUCGAGACUGCGGCUGGUGCGGCGGCGCAGCGCAGGGCGUGAGAAAGACACCAAGAAUCUAUCCCCAUAACUGAUCAGCGAUUUCGAGGCCAAACCUUAAGAAACACGACGAGCAACAAGAUGGGUUCAACCGGAUUCCUGCUGGCGCUUUUCACUCUGGUAGCGAUCUGCCUCAGUGGUCUGGUGAAGGCGCAAGGAGCGUUCUCCUUUGAGUUUCCCGACGAGGACAACUGCCGCACGCCUUUAAACGAGCCAGGCAGCUGCCUCGAGCUUGCCAGGUGUCCGGCGCUGCAAUCAGUGCGGGACUACAACUUCCUGCGGCGCUACAUCUGCGGAUUUUCGCGCAAUGUGCCUCUGCUCUGUUGCCCGAGCAGUGGACAGGAUAGGCCUCCGACUCGGCCUCCAACUCGACCUCCAACUCGACCUCCAACUCGACGCCCUACCCGGCCUCCAACACGGCCUCCUACCCGACCCCCGGUCAGGCCGCCACCGACCCAAGGCCCACCAAACCGUGAUAACUCCGCCCUCGUUGAAGGACCCAGGAUUGCUAACUACCCGCGCUUCCUGCCCGCUGCAUGCGGCCAGACUAAUGUGAGUGUGAGCCGCAUCGUCGGAGGCCGUGAAUCAGAACCCGGUGCGUGGCCCUGGAUGGCGGCUAUCUACAUCAACAGUGGUGGCGUGAACAGCGCUGCGUGUGGAGGGGCCCUGGUUACGGACAGGCACGUGGUGACCGCAGCACACUGCGUCGUCGUGGGACAUCGAGCGACAAACCUGCCUGCAUCUUCGUUCACUGUGCGCCUGGGCGACCACAACCUUGUGAGGAGCGACGACCGGGUUAGUCCCGUCGACAUCCCUGUGUCCAAGGUGGAACGGCACGCCGACUUCGUGGCGCGAACCUUUAAGAACGACGUAGCCAUUCUCACAAUGGAACGUCCCGUGACGUUCAACAAAUUUGUGAGGCCCGUGUGCCUGCCGUAUGGUGACGACUUCAAGACACGGGACCUCAACGGAUACCACGCGUUCGUCACCGGAUGGGGAACCACGGCAUUCAAUGGGGAGUCCAGCGAUGUUCUGAAGGAGGCACAGAUCAAGAUAUGGGACGAGGAUUCAUGCAAGAAGGCCUUCCAGAAAGAGGUGCCCAUCUCAUCUGUCUACCUGUGCGCCGGCGACGGCAAUGGGCGCCAGGACUCCUGCCAGGGCGAUUCAGGAGGUCCGCUGGUGCUGCCGGACGAUGGCCGAUUUUUCCUCAUUGGCGUGGUGUCGUUCGGAAAGCGCUGUGCAACGGUCGGCUAUCCUGGUGUCUACACGAGGCUCACGGAGUUCUUGCCAUGGCUAAGUGAGAGGCUCCAGCAGGAGCAGCAGGAGCAGCAGCACCGAGGGAGACCGACUGCCGCAGCCCGGACGGCAAGGAAGGCUUCUGCACCUUGGCGUCGCAAUGCAGGCAACUGGCGCUACUUUCGUCCAGCGAGCAGCGGCGGUACGUGUGCGGCUAUCGAGGACCGCUGGCCAAGCUCUGCUGCGUCCCCGAACCGGCGUCAGGAGGCGAGGGCGACAACUCGACCGGCGUCGCCUCCCGCGGCGCUGGUGCAGACGGUGCGGCCAUCGCCCCCGCCCCACCACCUGAACCCCUCCCUGAAGGCUACCCCAACGCUACUGCCAUCUGUAAACCAAGUAACGUUAACUGAUUGUGACGCCUGCGUGUUCAUCUGUGGCGUUUCACCUGCAGGAUGCGGGCUCUCCAGCGUGAGCGACUCCCGCGUCGUAGGAGGACGGGUGGCUGACGUCGGUGCAUGGCCAUGGAUGGCGGCCAUCUACUUGAAGACCGAAGCCCAAGCAAAGGUCGGCUGCGGAGGUGCGCUACUCACAGAUCGUCACGUGCUCACCGCAGCCCACUGCGUCAGCGUUGGCGCGCGUGCAAGACAGCUUCCCGCCCGGGUGCUGACCGUGAGGCUGGGCGACCACGACCUGAACUCGAGCGACGACCACACGACGCCCGUCGACGUCGAGGUGGCCGACGUGGUCCGCCACCCACGCUACGACCGGCGCACGUACGCCAACGACAUCGCGCUGCUCGUGCUGCGCAAGCCGGUCACGUGGGGCCGGUACGUGAUGCCCGUGUGCCUCCCUUUCGGCCCCCUGGCCACGAACACCCUGGACGGCCACAACGCCUUCAUCGUUGGCUGGGGUGCCACGCAAUUCAGCUUGCCACAAGGGGGCGUACCUGAGCCCACGCGCAGCGAAACAGACGGAGCCGGCAGCAGCGUAUUGCGGCAAGCCCAGAUCCCCGUGUGGACCGAGGCCGACUGCAAGAAGGCGUACGAGCAGCACUUGCCCAUCAGCAAGGCACAGCUGUGCGCGGGAGACGCCAGCGCCGAGAGGGACUCGUGCCAGGGCGACUCCGGGGGGCCCCUGCUGCUCCCGCACCAGGGCCGCUACUACGUGGUGGGCAUCGUCUCCUCGGGAAAGGACUGCGCCACGCCAAACUUCCCGGGUAUCUACACCCGCGUCUCCUCGCACCUCGACUGGCUGCGCAACGAGUUGGGCGCGGGCCAGAUGAAAAUGAGACUGUUGCUGCGCGUGGUUGUACCCAGACGGUCGCGCUUUGCAUCUCUGCACUAUCACCCCUACCGCACCAAGGCAGACCAUGUGGCCGUUGAUACAAAAGACGUCAAGCUCAUGGCCAGAGGUUCCGAAAUGGUCCUUGAGGAAGUGGCGCUCGACGUAUGGCGCUUGGCUCCCCUGUACGGAAAGCGUAGCCUGCCCCGAGCCCAGCGUCUCGUCAACGGUGACCGGCAGGCUGCGAGCACCAUGGCGCAGGAGCUGGGCGACGAGCUGGGACGCCUGCUGCGAGAGCGGGGCCCCAUCGACUCCGCGCUGGAGAAAUUCGAACGCCAGACGAGAAUGCGCCGCGAGUACCUGGCCUACGGCGCGAUGGGCGUCGUGGCGAUCAUGUUCGCCAUGGACAUGAUGAGCGCCUUCCUCUGCCAGGCGAUAAGCGCCAUCGUCGGCGUGCUGGGCUCCCUGCGGGCCCUCGAGCGACAGGACCCCAUGGCCCUGCAGAAGUGGACCUCCUACUGGCUCAUAUACAUCUUCCUCAACGUCUACUUUGGCUGGGUCGUGCGCUUCAUCGGCCGCUACUUCAUCAAAAUCUACAUGUUCAAGUUCCUGCUUCUCGCCUGGUGCGCGCUGCCCACCGAGAGCAACGGGUCGGACUACCUCUACAACAAGCUGCUGGCGCACAAGCUGUUCCGGCCAAUGGGUGCCGGGUCCUCGGCUAAGAAGGCCGCGUCGCCGCCGCUCCAGCCUCCGUCCGGAGACGAACGACGCGACAAAGUGCGCGCGAGCGGCGGUUUCUUCCUUUCUCGCAGCAGAGGCGGCCGCGGCAGCAUCAUGCGACUGUGCGUGCUCCUAUCGCUAGGCCUGUUGGCCACCGUACUGGCCGAAAAUGACGAGGCGACCACGGAGGAGACCAUCGAGAAGAGGCUACUGGUGUUCCCGGCUAACGAGCUGCAGUCUCCCGGCGGCUACUGCCAGUCACCGCUGGGCGUGUCGGGACGCUGCGUGCCGUACCAGGAGUGUCGCUUCCUGUUCGAAGACGAGUUCCUGGCGCGCCGCUCGCUGUGCGGUUUUGCUCAGCGUCAGUCACUCGUUUGCUGCCCUCAAAGUGGUGGUGGUGGCGGAGGAAGUGGAGGAUUUGGCGGAGGCUUCGGUGGUGGCUUCGGCGGAAACGGAUUCGGCGGGAACGGAUUCGGAGGAAACGGAUUCGGAGGAAACGGAUUCGGCAACUUCUUCCCUGAGCAGAUACCGCAUGUACCGCAACAUACGUUCCCGGGCCUCGGUCAGCCACUGCAGCCCAGUCGGCCACCCUUCUUUCCUGGAAGAGGAGGGGACGGCGGCGAAGGAGGAGGAGGAGGAGUCCGACCAGGAGUUCCUCCAAAUUUUGGCGGCCCACGGCAGCCUCCCACUGCGCGACCGCGGCCGCAGAAGCUGUGGGGCACGGAAGAUUGCGGCGUAGCCAACAGCGCCUUGGUCCGCAUCGUGGGAGGAAAGGAGUCGAACCUGGGAGCAUGGCCCUGGAUUGCACUGCUGUUCAUCGACGUGCACGGCAACGGCGUCCGCUCUCCGCUGUGCGGCGGUGCGCUCGUCACACCCCGACACGUGCUCACGGCCGCGCACUGCACCUUCAGCGGCAACCGGUCGCUCACUCCGACGCGUUUCGUGGCGCGACUGGGCGAGCACGACUACCUGAGCAACGACGACGGUGCCAGCCCUGUAGACGAACCAGUGGUGCGCAUCGAACGGCACGAGCAGUUCAACCCGCGAACCUACCUGAAUGACGUGGCCGUGCUCACGCUAAGGAGGCCCGUGCCCCUGAACAAGGACAUCGCACUCGUCUGCCUGCCGUACGGCUCUCUGCGCGAUGACCAGUACGAGAGCCGCAGCGCCAACAUCGCGGGAUGGGGCGAGCUCUACUACGGCGGCCCGUCCAGCGCAUCGCUACAGGACACCCGCAUCCCCAUCCAGACUCUAGACACCUGCAAGGAGUCCUUCAAGCGCACCAGCAUCACCUUCACGGACCACUACCUAUGCGCGGGCAGCCUGAAAGGAGACAAGGAUGCCUGCAGGGGCGACUCCGGCGGACCACUAAUGCUGCUGGACGAGAAACAGCGGUUCACCAUCAUCGGCAUUACAUCUUUUGGGCGCCGCUGUGCGGAACCCGGCUACCCGGGCGUCUACGCGCGAGUCGCCAAGUACCUCGACUGGAUCCAGGAGAGGCUCGUCUAAAUUCCCUGCCGAGGGCGCCCCCUGUAAAUAAACCCGCUGCGUCAUCA